CUGUGUUCUUGGACAUUGCCACGGACCACAAGCCCUUGGGCUGCGUCUGCUUUGAGUUAUUUGUAGACAAAGUUCCAAAGGCAUCAGAAAACGUUCAUGCUCUGAGCACGGGAGAGAAAGGAUCUGGUUAUAAGGGAUCCUGCUCUCACAGGAUCAUCCCAGGCUUCGUGUGCCAGGGUGGUGACCUCACAUGCCCUAAGGGCACUGGUGGCAAGUUCAUCUCUGGAGAGAAAUUUGAGGAUGAGACUGUCAUCCUGAAGCAUACAGGUCCUGGCAUCUUGUCCAUGGCAAAUGCUGCACCAAACACACAUGGUUGCCUGUUUUUCAUCUGCACUGUCAAGCCUGAUUGGUUGGAUGGCAAGCAUGUGGUCUUUGGGAAGGUGAAAGAGUGUGUGGAAGUGUUAGAAGCCAUGCAGGGCUUUGGGUCCGGGAAUGGCAAGACCAUUACCAACUGCGGACAACUCUAA